AGUAGAUAGAGAGAGGGACAUGAGAAAAGGAGGAACGUCGUCCCUUCUGUGACGAACUUCUCAUCGCGUGAGAGAUGGGAGAAGAAGCAAAGAAGCGAUGGUCUCUCCAAGGGAUGACUGCUCUCGUCACCGGUGGAACCAAAGGAAUCGGACAUGCCAUAGUGUCGGAGCUGGCUGCGUUCGGAGCUGUUGUACACACGUGUGCUCGCAAAGAAGCCGAACUCCAGCAAUGCUUGCAAGAAUGGAGAGAAUCGGGUUUCCACGUGAGUGGCUCUGUUUGUGAUGUGUCCGUGCGAGCGGCACGUGAGAAGCUGAUGUCGGGGGUGGCCACUCUCUUCCAUGGGAAGCUCAACAUCUUUAUAAACAAUGUUGGGACGGAUAUAAGUAAACCAACGAUAGCAGUUACAGCCGAAGAAUUCGCAUUGACAAUGACCACCAAUUUCGAAUCUGCUUACCAUUUGAGCCAACUUGCACACCCUCUUUUAAAAGAAUCAGGACAAGGAAAUAUAGUAUUUAUCUCAUCAGUUGCUGGUUUGGCAUCAUUUGGCACUGCAACAAUUUAUUCAGCAACUAAAGGAGCAUUGAAUCAACUUACAAAAAAUUUGGCAUGUGAAUGGGCAAAAGACAAUAUAAGGACUAAUUCUGUGGCACCAUGGGUUAUAAAGACUACAAUGCCAGCUCUAACUGCAUUGCUUGCAAAAAAGGAGUUAAAGGAAGCACUAAUCUCUCGGACUCCUCUUCGACGCUUUGGAGAGGCUACAGAGGUUUCAUCAUUGGUGGCAUUCCUUUGUCUUCCUGCUGCUUCAUAUAUUACUGGUCAAGUAAUAGCCAUUGAUGGAGGUGUGUCUGUCAAUGCUUUCUUCUACCAGCCAUCAAAGAUGAGCAAACUUUAAUCACUAAUGGCCCUUAUUUUUCUUGAUCAUAUCCAAAGUGAACUAAAUAAUUUGUGUAAUCCUUUUUCUUUUAAGCCAUGUUACUAGCAAAAAAUUUCUAUGCUACAAUUCUGCAUAGGAACAUGUGAGAUGCUUGUAAUGUAUAAAAGAAGUUGGGUGGAAUAGAUACCUCCAUGUUGCUAUAGGAAAUGUUGGAUCAGGGCCUUUUUUAAUCUAAACUAUUAAUUUGAUGA